UGUUGACCAUCCAGCCCCAAGGCAGGCGGAGUCUAUGACCCAGCGGACAGAGUGGUACAAUAGCCCUGUUAUGCCGUAAUGCGGAGAGCUUGCUGCUAAUUCUGGGAAAUACUGUCCCCCCCCCCAAAAAAAUACCGUUUUACUAAGAGUCUGCGGUGUUUUAUAUGUGAGGAAUUGAGUGAUAGAAAUCACGAGUCUCAAUAAGCUGCAGAAUUUACCGCUGCCCCAAGGGAUGAGAGGAGGUUGGUUGCGGUGCACCAGAGGAAGACUUUGUGACGUGACAUUUAUGGAUACGUCAGGAUGAAACGGCUCAGGUCUACAAGCAGCAGUGACAGUUCUGACAAUGAGAGUCCUUCCACCUCAUUCUGCUCCUCCAACACGUAUGGAAGCAAACCUGGAACCCCUGCUCCCAUGCCCAAGAAACCAGCAGAGGUGUUCAGGAAAGACCUGAUCAGUGCCAUGAAGCUGCCAGACUCUCACCAUGUCUCCCCUGAAGACUAUUACCUGCUGGGGGACACCUGGAGACAGGAGUGGGAGAAGGGGGUGCAGGUGCCCGCCUUCCCUGAAACCAUCCCACACGCCUCUAUCAGGAACAUAGAGGAGAAGCCUAAGGAGACGGUGUUCACCCUACAGAAGAGGUAUAUCCAGUGUUGGAGCCAGGCCUCUACAGAGACGGGUUACGUUAACAUCAAGGAGCUGGCUGAGGCCAUGUGCUCUUAUGACCUGGAUAACAUGGACCUCUACUGGCUGCAGGCACUCAACGCUGAGCUGGAACACAUGGGGGAGGGGCCUGUAGACGAGCUGACAAUGGAGCGCACCAUGGAGGCAUUGGAGCGUCAUUGCCAUGACAACAUGAACCACGCCAUCGACACGGUAGAAGGGCUGGGCAUCGAGUACGACGAGGAUGUCAUCUGUGAUGUGUGUCGCUCCCCCGACAGCGAGGAGGGCAACGACAUGGUCUUCUGUGACAAAUGUAACAUCUGUGUUCAUCAGGCGUGUUAUGGUAUAGUGAAGGUACCAGAUGGUAACUGGCUGUGCAGGACGUGUGUCUUGGGCAUCGACCCCCAGUGUCAGCUGUGCCCCAUCAAGGGAGGGGCGAUGAAGGCUACGCGGGCGGGCACCAAGUGGGCACACGUCAGCUGUGCCCUGUGGAUCCCUGAGGUGAGCAUAGCGUGUCCAGAGAGGAUGGAGCCCAUCACCAAAGUGUCUCACAUCCCCCCCUCCCGCUGGUCUCUCAUCUGCAGCCUCUGUAAACUGAAGACUGGUGCCUGUAUACAGUGCUCAGUGAAGAACUGCACCAUCCCGUUCCAUGUGACGUGUGCCUUUGAGCACAGCCUGGAGAUGAAGACUGUCCUGGAUGAAGGAGAUGAGGUGAAGUUCAGGUCCUACUGCCUGAAGCACAGCAAGCCCAAGAACCAGGCCUCCUCCGACCCACCAGCCCCCGGCCUCAGCCCCUGUCAACCAGCCCACAACAAGCAGUCCAAGGCAGGGGAGCCAGGCUCCGGUCUCAGUCCGGCCCGGCCCAAACCCCCCGUAGACCCAGAGAGGGGGGGCCUGAGGGCCCAGAGGUUACUUGAACUAGAGGAGGAGUUUUCUACUCUGAUUCACCCUGAGGAGCUGGCCCUGAACCUGGGCCUCCCUCCCAGUCUGCUGGACUUCAUCUACCAGUACUGGAAACUGAAGAGGAAGAGCAACUUCAACCGUGCUCUGCUGCCCCCUAGUGAGGAGGAGGGUAACCUGCUGCUGUUGCCUCAUGAAGACAGCAUCCACACACGGAUGAGGAUGUUCAUGCACCUCAGACAGGACUUGGAGAGGGUGAGGAACCUGUGUUACAUGGUGAGUCGGAGGGAGAAGCUGAAACUGUCUCAGAGCAAGGCCCAGGAGCAGAUCUUCAACCUCCACGUCAAACUGCACAACCAGGAGAUCUCCGCUGGAGGGGGGCUGGGAAAGGGUAAGGGGGGAGGGUUGGGUAAAGGAGGAGGGAAGCCUCAGCUCCAUGGGCGAGGCAGGAGAGAGGAGCGCUCCAAUGGCAGUCUACUGUCAACCUCUACCUCAGGUCAGUCAUUUAGAGAGAGCAGUACCACCACUGGACCAGCACUGACCAACAGCAUGUCCAGAGGCUCAGCCCUGCCUAUCAAAUCUACUGGAAAGCCCCUGACUGGCAAAACCUUAACGGGUAAAACCUUAACGGGUAAACAACUGGUGCUCCAACUGGACCCAGACGGAACGGGCCACAUCCCCAAAUCCAACGGUGUGAUGGAGAAGAUGGUGGGCGUGACCCAGAAGGACACCGCCUGUCAGACCCCCAAUGAACAGGAAGCUGGUGAGGGGUCAGGGGGCAAGGGCAGCCAGUCAGCCAGCUUCAGGAGGUCAACCAUGGAGCACUUCAGCCGGUCAUUCAAGGAGGCGACGGUCAGUUUGGUGCGGACCACGGAGGACCUGCGGGGGGACAAGGUGUCUCAGGGGGGUAAAGGCUCCAGAUCAGCCCAGGACCGGCCCUGGGCCAAACCAGCUCCUGGAGGCCCCCAGGGACUCUGUGGUACCAGAUCAGCCCAGGACAGACCCUGGGCCAAACCAGCUCCUGGAGGCCCCCAAGGAGCCAGUGGUACCAGACCACCACCCAACCAGGAGACGGAUGGAUACUGCCCUGACCUGGAGCUCAGUGACUCGGAGCCAGAGGCUCAAGGUCAGAGGUGGAGGCAGGGUAGGGGUGACUCGGGGGGCCAGGCAGGAGGAGACUACAGCAGGGGGAACAGCAGAGGGAAGCAGGGCCUGGGGGGGUCCAGUAGAACCUCAGCACAGAGGUGACAUCCCUGACCCCUCACCUACUGUAGACACUGGCCCCAGUUCUGUCACCGCUCUGUCAUUCCCUCUCUGACUACUGGAGCCCUGACCAGCCAUAGAGCAGCAGGGGCCAAUCGCAGCCAUCUAUUGGUCAACUGGGACCAGGGCCCCCUACACUGGCUGGGGCAACUAUCUAUCUAUUGGUCAACUGGGACGUUGGCCCCCGACACUGACUGGGGCAUCUAUCUAUUGGUCAACUGGGACCAGGGCCCCCUACACUGGCUGGGGCAUCUAUCUAAUGGUCAACUGGGACCUGGGCCCCAUACACUGGCUGGGGCAUCUAUCUAUUGGUCAACUGGGACCAGGGCCCCCUACACUGGCUGGGGCAUCUAUCUAUUGGUCAACUGGGACCAGGGCCCCCUACACUGGCUGGAGCAUCGAUCUAAUGGUCAACUGGGACCAGGGCCCCCUUACACUGGCUGGAGCAUUGAUCUAUUGGUCAACUGGGACCAGGGCCCCCUACACUGGCUGGAGCAUCGAUCUAUUGGUCAACUGGGACCAGGGCCACCUACACUGGCUGGAGCAUCUAUCUAUUGGUCAACUGGGACACAUACAGACAGGAGGACUGAUGCAUGGUGGGGGUCCAGAUCAUCACCUCAAUGGGACUGUGACGUUUGUCCUCCUGUUACGGAUCCUCGAUCUCUCUCCAUGCUCACUGUGAGCGGAGCAGUGUUGUACCAUCUUCUGAGAUUAAACCACUUGUCUGUUUA